AUCCCACCUCUCCUCCACACAUUCAAAAUCCCAACGUUCUACUUCUUGCAAAUAUGCAACACAAACACACUCAUCAUCACUCACUCCUCCCUCUCCCAUGGCUUUUUCUCCUUCCCCACCCCACCUCCUCCCCCACCCACUCCCCACCUCCUCCUUCUCCUCCUCCCCCUCCCACAAACCCUUCUCCCUCCUCCCCCACAAGAGGGCCCAUGUGAACACCUUCGCCGCCGCCGCCGCCGGGAAGGGGAAGAAGAACCCGUGGCUCGACCCCUUCGACGACGGCGAGGACCCCGACAUGGAGUACACCUCCCUCUUUGCCGACGGCAAGCAGGAGGAGGACCCCCGACCCCCCGACAACCCCGACAACCCCUAUGGCUUCCUCAAGUUUCCCCAGGGCUACAAUGUGGAGCUCGACUCGCUCGCGUCGAAGGUGCGCGGCGACGUGCGGCGGUGCUGCUGCGUGAUCUCCGGCGGUGUGUACGAGAACCUCCUCUUCUUCCCUGCCAUCCAGCUGAUCAGGGACCGCUACCCGGGAGUCCAGGUUGACGUCGUCGCGGCCCCGCGGGGGAAGCAAACGUACGAGAUAAACAAGAACGUGAGGUGGGCCAACGCCUACGAUCCCGACGAGGACUUUCCCGACCCCGCGGAGUACACGGACAUGAUCGGACUGCUCAAAAACCGGUACUACGAUAUGAUCUUGUCGACGAAGCUGGCGGGGCUCGGCCACGCGGCGUUUCUCUUCAUGACCUCUGCGAGGGACAAACUGAGCUAUGUUUACCCUAAUGUGAAUGCGGCCGGUGCAGGGCUUCUGCUCACCGAAACGUUUAGAUCCCCCGGGUUGAAUCUCUCGGAGGGUGGAUACCAUAUGUACCACCAAAUGAUUGAAUGGUUGGGCAGGCCCGCUCGCAACGUGCCGAGGCAGCCCGUGCCUCCCCUUAAAGUUUCGAUCUCGAAGAAGCUACGGGCCUAUGUGGAAGAGAAGUACACUAAAGCGGGUGUGGGGAAAGGGAAGUACGUAGUAAUUCACGGAAUACAGUCUGACUCGAUCGCGUUGAUGCGAUCCAGAGGGGAUAAUGAUUGCUUACUACCCAUUCAAGUGUGGGCUGAAAUAGCGAAGGAGAUCAGCAACAGGGGUUUGAGGCCUCUCUUUGUCAUCCCACAUGAGAAAGAGAGGGAAGAUGUAAUGGAAGUAGCUGGAGAAGAUUCAAGCAUUCUGUUCAUAACCACGCCCGGCCAGCUUGCAGCUCUUAUAAAUGACUCGGCUGGAGUUAUAGUCACAAACACUGCAGCAGUGCAACUAGCAAAUGCCCGAGAGAAACCAAGCAUUGCAUUGUUUUCUUCAGCAGAAAAGGGGAAGCUCUUUGUUCCAAACGCAGAAGAGAAGAAAUGUACCGUAGUUUCUUCCAAAACAGGAAAGCUAAUAGACAUUGAUGUUGAGGCUGUGAAAAAUGCAGCAAGAAUGUUUGAAGGAUCUCUAGUUUUUGCAUAAAGAAAGGAGAGCCGUCACUUUCUCACCCUUAUCAUUUUUUUAAGCCAUUUGUAGAUAAGAUAUAUCUCAUCCAACCUUUUGAUUUGUGAUUUAGUUGUCGAGAAAGUAAUGCUAACAAUUCAUUACUUCAGAUCUUGUUGAUAGUAUAGUUAUGCAAUUUCAUCAUAUACUAUUUUGGUAAAAUUAGUUUCCUAAAGCUCAAUUCAAUCUGUGUGCCUAGUUUUUAUAAUUACUUGAAACAUAUCUGAACAGGGUAAAAUUUAGAGUGUGAAUGAGUAGCAAAUUUUAUUCCUUCAUACUGUAGUUGUAAAAAGAGUUGAUUUAAUGCUAAAUGAUGACAGGAGCAUCAAAUUUGAAAACCUUGAGAAUAAAGAAAAAGGGACAAAAAGAAAAGAGCAUUAACCUGGUGGUUGGCUAUAGUUGUGCCGAUUCUUAGGCUGAAUAACAUGCUUUUGCUGUUUACUAUAGUUGUCAGAAUACACAUGACUGAAGAACUUUUAUGCUCCAUAGAUGACACCUUUUUUUAUUACAUAAGUCAUGAACUUAGUCACCAACAGAAUCUCUUGAAUAUUUUGCUAAGAUCAGCAAUGCCUCAAUGCUUUUUUAACAGCCACUUUCUGUUAAUGUUUACCAUGAGUUGCAUGUUAUUACUUUAACUGUUGGUCGAAGCAGAAAUAUUUGUAUGCUUCAGGUAAAAACAAAUUGGAUUAUUUGAAUAAUUUCUUAUGCGAAAUUGUCAUGUAGCAACUUAGCAGUCUGAUGAGGACAUUGAUCAAUACCAUGUAGUAGAUAUCAAAAGCAGUUAAUGUGUUCUGCUUCGAAAGUUUAUCUCAUUUGAGUGUGUACUUAUUUUCUGUCCUGAUGAAUAUUAAUAUUGUUUGCUAAAUUGCCAAGCUAAUCCUGAGCACUUAGUUUUUAUGCUUGAAGCAUUCAGUUUGAGCACGAAUUCCUUUGUAUCAUGAAUUACACUUUUACUUCUCGGGCCAAAAAUUUCAGUUGCUUAUCCGUCAGUGCUCGAAAUUUUAUCCACCUUUUCAGAAUUUUUGUCUAGUUUUAAGAGGUUUAACUGGUCUGAAAUAGAAAGGCAAUGCUUUUUACGCCUUGCCGCAGAUUCACUUACCACUUCCUGUUACAGAUCCAGCGACUGAAGUCAGAAGAUGUCUUCAUAGUCGAAGGUACAAAAGCUCGCGACAUAAUAAAUACCUAAACAUAGAUUGCUGAUGUAUCAACUUUUACAUGAAAUGUGAGUAUAUCUUAGAAAACUCAAUGUAAAUACUGCAUAGAUAUUUACAUGCCCACAUGAAAAUAGUUUAUGCAUGAUAGCUGUAGUUUCAAUUUCUUUAUUGGAUUGCAAGAGAAAAGCUUGCUGAGACAAACAUUACUACUAAUCACUCAUUGGAUGGUCAAAGUUAGCAUAGCUGUAGCUCAAGAUAUGAUUCCACAUUGAAUCUAUGAAGAUAUCAUAGGGAAGUAAGAGAACAUACCUUACUAGAUAAUCUUAUAUUAACUGUACUAGCAUUUCCUUAAAAAAAAACUCUCUGGCUUUUCCUUUACCAUAUCCUUAUCCUUGAAAGAAUGCAAAAAGUGAUUGUGUCAUGUUCCCCUUCUAUUCCUCUUUAAGUUUUUUAUUUCUAUUUUUACUUUUGUUUUUUGGGGUGCUCAAGUGGCCCAAUACAUGCUGCAGGAGUUUGGCUAAUCCUUUGGCUAAAUUAUAAAUUCCCCCCUUGCACUUUGCUUCUUGUCUCAAUUACCCCAUCGCGUAAAAUUUUGCUUCGAAUUGAACCUUACACUUUGCUAAGUUUGGGUGUAAAACUUCAUGAAAACGAGUUAGAUGAAUAUUUUUUUCCUAUAAACAGUCAAUUUUGAUAGCUUUAGUUAAGAAGAAAAUCUCGUUUAUUUAAGUUUCGAUGUAUUAUAACAUCAUAUAAGUUGCAACUUAGAUAGUUGCUCGAUUAUGGAACUAAUAUGAUAUGCCAAAUCAUUUCAGUAAAACUUUGCAUCUGAAUUCAAGGGUCGCGCCAAAUUUUUGGACCUAUUUAAAAUAGCGAAAAGGUACAAGAAUCUAAAGAAAGCAAAAUUUUUACGCAGGGAGUAAUCGAGACAUGAGGCAAAGUGCAAGGGGGGAUUUUGUAAAUUUAGCCUUUACUUUUUACAUUCUAAUGCAUCAAAGUUUUAUAUUACAUUACAAAGAGCAUUUUGAUUAUUCCAUA